CAAGCCAUCAUUUGCACCUCCUGACAGAGUCCGUGGUUCCUUCACAUUCUCCCUGCAGUUGGAACGAGGUGACUCACAGCUUUGCCGUUCUUUGCUGGGUAACUUUCCUCUCCCUGACUCAAGGAACCAUUAUUCUCAGUUAAUUUCGUCCAGCCCUGGCAAUACUGCCCAUCUGGGCAAAAGUCCAUGAUGAUUCCAGACAAGACACUGUUGCAUGCAGGAGCUGCAUGUCCUGGACUUGCCGGUGAUCUGCAGGAGGGGGGUGGGUGGCGGGCGAUUGGCCUGCUGGAGGCCGUGGUGGUUGCAGACACACCCUGCUGGCUCGCUGACACCAAGGGCUUUGGGCAGUGCUUACCGUUCAUGCAGACUGGCAAAGUGGCCCAUUUGGAGGCCUGCCCUGUGUCAGACUUCCCUGUUGAGGAUGAAGUUUAUUCAUGGCUUCCAGAGUUGGGUUUGUUUCCCAGUAAUUUUUAAAAUGAGGCCACUUCAGUGAUCUCCUCUGGCUAAGUGAACGGAAGUGGAAGGUCAGGGGAACGGUGUCUGAAACAUCUGGCCCACCCUGAGUGCCCAUCCUCUGUCCUCCUAGGCUGAGGAGCCAGCAUGUGGUCCAUCCCUGCACAUUCUGCCCUCCCUCCUUCCCGUGUCCUCUCUAACUCCACUUAGGAUUCUGCCUUCCUUUUUUCAGGCACUUUCUGACUUGGGUCACUGGGCCUUUCUCUCUCCCACCUUCCAUGGCCAGUUGUUCAACCCCCUCAACCACAGUGGCACCUAACACUGGGCUACCCUCUUCAACAUCCCUGCUUCUAAGGUGCACAUGCACUGUUUCUGACUCCCCUGGGUGUCCUCAUGCCUUGGUUGUUCCCGCCCUGUUCAGCAGGUUUGCAAGGCCGCUAAGGGUAGAGCCCCGAGCCAAGCAGAAAAACCACGUACAUUGCUCCCCAAGAAGCCAGUCACAGUGUCCGUACCUAACUAACAUGACAAAUUGUUAAACACAAAAUCUUUCAGGAAUGGAGGAAGUGCUCAGGGUACAAAAAUUAAUAAACUCAUUCAGUUCACAGAACAGUCCCAAGAAAGCCAUAUUCAUGAUCAAAACAUAAGUCUCAGAACGAUAACUUGCCAGCGAGGAAGGACUAUAUUCGUAUCCUACGGGCCCUGUCUUAGGACCUGGACCUGCAACAGAAAGGGGAGGCAGCCCUGUCAGCCUUGCAUCCCCUCAGUGUAGCUUCUGCCUCUUGGCUAGCCCAGGUAUAGCCCCGUUCCUUGAGGGUAUUCUAAGAAGUUCUUGGGGCUGUAGUAGGGCUGCGGCAUUUGGAAAACUAGAUUUUAGAUUCCCCUCUCUACUGGCUUGGGGACUUGAUGGGAAAGUUACCCACAAUGAGGUCGUAGGAGCACUGCCCUAGCUAGCAGCUCUGGCAAUGGGCAGUGGGUUCAUUUCUCUAAGACCCAAGUUCAGAGAGUACUGUGUUCAGUCAACAAACUGCUCUCUGAGCUGUGUGAAGUCCUUGUUUUCCCAAAGCACAGUUGUCGGGAAAGGCCAGAAUUGUCAGUCACAUGUAAGCUUUUGGAUGGGUUUUCUAGGCUGAACCGUGCACAAUCAGAUACUUUCUUUUCUUAAGAGACACUUUUGUAGGCCUCUGAGGCAGCGUGUGGGCUGCUACUGUUAGAGGGGCCCUCUACAGAGGGAAGAUACCACAGUCUCUGCACGAGGGACCACUUAAUUGCUUCCUGCCUCAUAGCCUCAGACGUACAGGAAUUGGUUGGUUCCUCAGCUCUGACAAGUGCUGCGUCAAGAGUGUGCAUGACUGCGGCUGGGCCCUUGUUCCAGCAUUAUGUCUCUCUGUGUCCUGGAGGACCAUGGGCACCGCGUUGUUAGCCCAGAACUUUGGGAAUCCCCCACCUCCCCAUCAUGAUCUGAGUUGAGGUGCUUGUGUUGACUAUACCCGGGGUGGGUGGGGAGCAGCAAGCUUUUGAACUGAGCCUAUGUGUGGAGUGUGAAAGAAGUUUCCUUCAUCCUCAAAGGCAUGCAAAAGGGAUCUCCCUUCGGUCAUUUAUUGUUGGUGUCCCAAGGAGCCUCUGGAAAAUGUCAAGUGAGCGUUAUAAAACUGGGGCUAGGGAUAAGAGAAAUGGCGUAGGAAUUAAGAGCAUUUGUUGCUCCUCCAGAGGACCCAGUUUUGGUUCCCAGCACCCACAUAGUAGCUCACAACCAUUUGUGACUCCAGUACUCUCUCUUGGUAUCUGUGGACACUAGCAAGCAAAUUACCCAUACAUACAUACAUACAUACAUACAUACAUACAUACAUACAUACAUAAUAAAUCUCUCUUAAAAAGGCAGAAUCCUGGGAGAUUUAGGGGAUUUGUUAAGGAAUGCCUGUGGGGGCUGCUGGUUUUAGAGUGAGAGGCCAGACACCGCCACUCCCUGCAGAGCUCAGAGAAUUAUUUCUUCAUUUGGCUUUCUUCUGUCUUCUGUACCUCAUAACCCAGCAGGGCUUCAAAAACAUAGCUUAAUGACUACCAAACUAAAUUAUCACCUUGGACCAUCCUUUUUGUCCCCUCAAACUUUUAAGUUUCAUCCUUUUUAACAUAAGUAGAAGCUAUCUAAAUGGUGCAAAGUGAAAAGUGUGUUUUCUGUUACCCAAAGACUGUUAAGGAUCCUCCCAGAAAGUGUCUUUUGAUCUUCAUCCAAAUGAGAGUCUUUUUUUCUUUUUCUUCAGCUUUCCGUGGUUCUUUUUAUGUAAUGUAUUGCGUAUGGAUCAGGCGCGCUCGCUUGGUCAAGCCACACAAGUAAGUGGAUGCUGUUCUCCAGGGGAUUGUGUUUGCAGUCCCAGGUAACAGGAAACCUCCUCAACCAACCUGAACAAAGGGUGGAUGGAGGGUUUUGGCUUCUGAAACUGCAAAGUUCAGAGGCAGCGUGAGUUUUAGGGUUGGUGUGAUCCAAGUGGUUCAGUGAGGUCAGCAGGAUAUGGUUUCCUUUUCACUGUCUGCCACAGUGUCUUCAUCAUCAGAGACUGCCUCUAGCCUCCGUGAUGGGGCAUCAUGGUGGUGAGGUCAAGGAGGGAGGGUCAUCCUGCCCCCAUGUCGGCUCAUCUUCAUGCACAUGAUAGGGUGCUGGGAAUGCUGCGAACUUACCUUUAUCCUCCCGUGGUUUUGCUCUUAUGGUGUUUGUUUGAACACACACACACACACACACACACACACACACACACACACACACACGGCCCUGCACUAUGGGCUGGGGAAAUGGUGCUGUGAGUAAAGGGGCUUUUUGGAUAGGUGUGGAGGACCUGCAUUUGCAUGAAUGUCUGCCAUCCCGCUGUCCCGACCAAGACGGGCAAGGUAUAGCCAGGAAAAUCCCAGGCAGUUUGAGAGUCAGCUAGUCUGGCCUAUUCAGUAGAAGAAGAACAAAGACCUUCUCUCAAGGUGGAAGGGGAGGACCAGCACCAGAGGUUGCGUCUGGCCUUCAUACAUGGUAUGUGCCAUGCCCAAAUGCCCAGUCACACACAAGAAUGUGCCCACGUUGUACCUGGACAUACAUACCCCACGGAGGGAACAAACAAAAGCUGCAGUACUUGUGUUCAGAUCCCUUAAGAAGAUUUAGAUGUUUGAUGGUUUAUUCCCCUAAAGAGGAUUCUCCAGGAAGGUGGGCCCAUGUUAGUGCACUGUAGGGGCUGGUUGUAACAGGCCAGGCCAUAGCUUACUGUUGGUGUGUGGAUGAAUGCCCCCAGCUCCCACAGUUCUUGUGAUAAUGGGAAUGGUAGCCCUUUCCCUUGUGGUGAUGUGUUUAACAUUUAACACAGGGAUGUUUACCUGAAGCUGCAUCCCCACCAGCUUAGCCACCCAUGCCACACAGAGUUCUGAGGUAAGCAGAAACGGUUAACGUCUCUCUUGCUUUAGGAAUGAGUCUUUGCAGUUUGCUGGGAGCCUCAGUAGGACUUUGGAGCUCACGAUCUGUUUGCUCUAAGAGUAGUGUGUGGGGUGGGACACACUCAUUCUUACUGUAGUAUAUAGCUCCUGCCAGAAGCCUUCACAAGUAAAGAAGUUGCAUCUGAAUCUACAAAACUCUUCCCCCCACCCCACCCCCACCCGGGACGGGGGCGGGUGUUGGAGCCUAGGACUAAUAAGACACCUAGAGGAGCUCAGAGUAGAAGAAAGAGCUGAAAUGGUGAACUUGUGGUCAGCCUGCUGCAAGUAUGUUCUGAAAACUGGGUCAUGGUUGUAUGGCUGAGAGACCCCAUCUCCUUCCCCUCCUGGCAGGGAGACAGGCUCUGGGAAGUGUUGGGGUUUCCAGGAGGAGUUUGCACGCUCCUCACCUCCAGUGGGAAAGUGUAUCCUUCCCACCUCCCAUGAAUAACCAGGCUCCCUGUGAAACCAGAGCAUGAUGGCUUCUGUGUGCUUUCCUGGGUACCAGGAAAAUCUGGAAAAACUUGGGAGUCAGGAAAAGUCGAGUCAGAUGUACCAGUUGUUUUUCUGUUUUCCUAGAAGCAAUGGGCAUGUACAGCCUUUCUCCCCUGUGACCCCAGCUCAGCUUCAUUGCUGGGCCUGCAUCCUCCUCUUCCUCACCCUUCCUGACCAGCCCUGGCCUUGUGCCCUUGUAAAGAUGCCGGGUAAUAAGUUUAUGCGUUUUCCCCUUAGGCCUAAACAGUCAUCACCUCUCAGCAAGACGAAUCAUUGUGAUGCUAUCUCCUUUUAGAUUUGUUUUUCUUUCAAAGUCAGCACAGCUGUGGGCCAUAUGGAAGCAUUGGAGUGGCCUUUCACAGGGACCUAGCACCCGGUCCCUGGUCCCUGAAGGUGCAUGAGGAAGCAUGGACCCCUUUCUAGGACCAUAGGAAUCAACAGCUCUAUCUGGCCAGAUCAAGUGAGAUUUAGAUCACUUGGACGCCGAGAAGGAAGUGCUUUUCCCAUAGUUGUCAAGCCAGCUGGUCUGCAAGUUACCCCCAGCUAUUGGAAUGCUUCACUCAUGCCCAUCAGGACACUUGAACAUCCUUCUCCCUGACCCUCCUGUGCUGCUCCUGCAGUAGACUCUGCGUCACCCGUGUUGGAAUCUCUUUUUGAACACAGCUGCAUUUUGAGGUUUGUUUACCUUCUUUCUCUGUAGAUGAGAAAACUUCCUGGCAGCUGCCAACACUUGAGGACUUUGGUAGAACAGUAUAGAAUCUGUAGUGAAUGUUCAAAGGAUCUCAGAUGUAGGGGUUCCCAGCCCUGGCUGGUGAAUCCUCUUCCUUCCCUGCAGCGCAAAGGCGUGCAUUUUAAAGUAUGUUUUUAUUCUUUGAUAGUUUUAUACAAUGUGCUUUGUCCAUAUCCUCCCCCACUCCUCCUGACUCCUCCCAGAUCCCCUCCCCACUUUUUCUAACCCACAAAGUCCACUUUGUGCUGCUUGUGAGUGAGGGGUCACUCCAGUGGACGGUAAUCUAUCUAGCGGGAGCGAAACACUCAAUGAAAGCUGACUCUGGAGGGAAGAAGCCAUUAGCUGUGACUAGUGCUUCAGUAAGGGGCGGUGCUUAUGAACUCCUCCCACCAUGCUCGAGUGUUGAUUGGCUGGAUUUUUGUCCAUCUUGGGUACAGGCAACUACAACUGCUUUGCGUUCACAAUGCUCUAUCAUGUCCAAAAGACACCGUUUCUCUCCAGUCCUUCCUGAUCUCUGGCUCUCAGUCUUUAUGUCCCCCUCUUUUAUGAUUGUCUCUGAGUUUUGAGGGAGCAGAUGGAGGAGGGCACCAACGCGAGUUUCAUUUUAUGUGAGAGAAAGCGGAACUUGUGGAUGCCACGAAGCUGGGAGGUGUUAUAGAAGUCAUCCUGAUUUACAGCCAGGAUUUCCUUUCCCAGGACUGCUCUCCCUCCCCAUUGGUGCUCAUAGAACACAAUCAGAGGUCAAAGGGCAUCACCAGGCAAUGCAAGGGAGGCGUUGGCACUGCAUAAAGUCAGUGAAGGUCAGAAAGCGAGUGCCCUGUCCUUGGCGAAGCGGGAAGAAGUGCUAUAAUUUCAACCCUGGGAAUUGAGACAGUGAUUCUCACAUGCGAUCCCCAUACCAGUAGCUUCCGUAUCUCUCUGUAGCUUGUAAAACAAACAAAAACAGAUUCAAUGGUCCACCAGGUUUAUGGAGUCAACUCUGGCGGAGCUCAGGUUUCAGGUAACCCACACAGUAGUUUGAAAGCUGUCAUACAUGAACUGAGGGAGAAGAUUAAUCACUAACCACCUCCAAAAUCUGAGUGGAUUUGGAAAAGGUUAGUUUACUUUUUACUGUUUUCUCAGGCCCUGGGGACUACUGGAGGAUAUAGGCUUGUGCUUGCUCUGCUUUGCCAUCUAUCAAAGGACCUGGGCUCCUUCUAUAUUGUGGCUCCACUUCCUACUUCUCCUUGUGGCUGGUUAGGAACAGAGUGAGGAGUUUAGAGGGGUCGGGCUCACCUAUGCCAUGCAGAACGUUCACCUUUGGGGGCUGGCUGAAGUUUGGCUGUGUGCACAAAAGGGAGUGGAAAUAGGCAGACAUUGGAUGCGGAUGGUCUGCGCUCAGUCCUGUGGUUCAAGGAAGUGAAGAAGUAGCUCUCCCAAGUCCCUUGGUAGGGAACCCGAGGCCUAAGCUGUUGGGGCAGGUUUAUCUUAAUGUAGCCUCUGAUCCAGCCUGGAGGCCAUGAGUAGCUGCCUCAGCCGUAGAUCUGGGCUGUGGACUGUGUCCAGUUGGGACAGGUGGGUCACUGUCUGCAGAGGUGACUGUGAGACGUACAGCACAAUCACAGCUACAAGAGCCUGGAAAGGUUAUCCAGCAGAGGACAAGAGUCGGAAAAGGGACGGGGUGGGGAGGUGACCUAGCCCGGAAGGGUUAGACUGCCUGUAACUCUCAGCCGUUCUGAGGCAAGAGCACAGCUUGUCCCUUCCGGCCAGGAGAGCCUUUGUCCUCUGGGCUCUGAAUUGUGAAUGUGAAUCUUUUGUAGCUAAAAGAGCAGUAGGCGUGACCAGAGUACUGCUUGUUCUUUAUUGAGUGCCCAGGACACUGUGAUGUGGUCUGUGGGAUAGCCUGCUGGCUACCUGGGGCUGCCGACAUCUCUCAGACUGCUGCUUCAGGGCCUCAGCUGAGUGGAAAUGGGAUGGACUAGUGGCUUCUGAUGAGCAGGAUUGGGGCUCCAGGAAUGGUCUGUGGACUGUGGAUGCAGGCCAGUGGUGGCCAUUUCUACUAGGUGUCAGGUAGAAAGGUGACAGCCAGCUCAGUGGUACUUCUACAUCGAGGACCCAGGGCUUUCUACUCCAUGAGCUGGUGCAGGCAUAAAGGAUCACCUAUGAGCAGACAAUGCACUUUUUCCUCUAGAAUGAUCUUUCCCACUGUUUCUGGCUACCCGCAAUGAGGCAAAGGAAAAGGAACUGAAUUACUGCUUAUCUUCGGUUGGGUGACUGAAUUCCGGGUUCUAGGAGGAUUUCCUGUGAGAAAGGGCACCAGGAAAGGGCCUCAGUUCCUGGUCUUUUAUGUCAUUUCCUGACCUUUAUAGAAUCCAUGACAAGAUAGUUGGGUCUCUGAAUUCCAGCUAUGUUGGAGAACUGGGGUCAGGACAUUUGGUUGCCUAGGCCUAAUUCCUGCUUAAACAAAAAGUGGUUUACAGGCUUCCUAUGUAGGGAAGAAUAGUGGGAAGUAGGAAGUUAGGGGGCCAAUGAGGGUCUUAAUGUUGCCAAGGCAACAAGCCACUCUUUGCUACUGCAUAGCAUUCUUUCUUGCCCUGCAAGGAAUUUUGAAGGCCAUCAGCCACAGUUGGGAACAAACAAACAAACAAACAAACAAACCAAAAACAAACGGACAAUCCAUCCAACUUUCCCUAAUGUUUAUGGAUGAGUCUGAACAGAGUGUUUGACCACCUACCACACGAGACUUUCUUUUCACGGGAGGACUACGUGGGGCUUGCUCAGCAGAGAAAAUUGGUCAACUUAGCCCACACCUACUUAUUUUGGUUUAGUGUAUAUGAAGGAGCCAGGCCCUCCAAAGUGCAUCAGAAGAACCAAACUCAUGAGGUAACAGUGUGUGCCUGGCUGACCAUAUCCAUCCAGUUAAUGAGGACAAAAGCGACUUGACAGCUUACUUGUAUAUGGACUUACCUUAUAUAGGAAACGGAGUUACGAAAGAGGACUGCCUGGGAGGCGCAUGCCUGUGUGUGUGUGUGUGUGUGUGUGUGUGUGUGUGUGUGUGCGUGUGUGCCUGUCUGUCUGUCUGUCUGUGUGUAGCACGUGCAACCUACAAAAUUUGCCUGUGAAAGUGAAAGGACAACUCUGGGAAUUGGCUCUCUCCUUCCCCAUAUGGGUCCUGGGAUUGCACUCAGGUUGUUAGGGCUGGGGACAAAGCCUUUACACACUGAGCCAUCACCCUACCCCCAACACACUCCUCAUUUUACAAGACAGUGUUCCACUGGCCUGGAGCUUACCAAAUAAGCUAGGCCGGCUGGUCACUCUCAAGGGUCUGCCGGUCUCUGUCUCCCCAGAACUGGAAUUACAAGUGUAUAUGCCAUCACAUCUUCAUUUAAAAAAAAACAACAACAAAAAAAUGUAGAUUCUGAAGUGAAGAACUCAAGUCCUCAUGUUUCCAGGCAAACACUUUACUGACCGUUCCAUCUCUCCAGGCCAACACUGGGUCAUUGCUGAUGAUGACUGUGGCACAUCCCUAGGCCACCUUAAAUAGGUAUCCUGUCAUCAAAGAUAUCUACUUUGCUUAUCCACUCACACAGGUUAAAUAUGUUCCCAGCAUUUUGUGUUUUAUGCAUGGUUUCCAUGGAGGGCAGGAUGUGCUUUUCACAUAGGGCGUUCUAAGUAUUUACUGCACAUAUACACGUGCAGGGACACUGAUGGCUUUCUUGCCUCCCCCAGUGGAGACAAGGCCUUUUCUGUAACCUAGGCUGGUUCUUAAGCCUUUGGUCGUCCACUUCAGCCUCCUGAGUGCUGGCGUUAUAGUCCUGUGUCCUGGUGCCUGUCUUAUGUUAUUGUUACUAUGUUUAGUGCUAAUGGGAUGGAAAUUGCCGUUGUCUUUCACAGAGCUGUCGGACUGUGCUACUGAGAUCUGAAGUGUGCUCUUGGGAGUAGCUUCCUCAAGGCACAUUGGACCAGGGCAGGUGGACGGUAUGCAAGCAGGACUGUGCUGCCACUGACCUUGCAGUAGUUGCUCUCAUGGGCUUGCACGCAGCUAGGAUGAUGGAGUCUUCUAGCGACUCGUCGGGGACAUACGUUCAGGGAUGACUGAGAAGCCAGGGCAAGUAACUUCUGCAGAGCCACUCAUUCAUUUACUGAAGCCUAUCUUCCCUUGACUACAGGACAACCGGACUCCAUGGCAUUUGCUCAAGCUCUGGUCAACUCUACCUAGACAUUUCUUUCCUCAUCCUCCACCCCCUUGUUUUGAGUCAGGAUCUCAUGUAGUCCAGGCCAUUCUCAAACUUGCCAAAAGCUGACUCUGACUCUGAGACCUUGAUCUUCCUACCACCAUUGCUUACGUUCUGAGAUUAGAAGUGUGCACCGCACCAUUCCUGGUUUACAGGAUGCUGAGUAUCAAACCCAGGUUUUUGUGCCUGUUAAGAAAUUACAACAGAACUGUCUCUCCAGUCUUUCCUUCUUUUUCUAUAGAUGUUUAUCCAGGACUACUCAGCAGUGUUCUUUCCACACUGUGAAGCCGACGAAAACACCCGCUGUUGGUUGCUUAUUAUCUAGCAGGGAGACAGACAAAAAUACAGCAACAAAUCAAUAAGUAAAAUAGUGGUUUACAAAGUUAAAUGCUAAGGAAAAGCCAGAGCAGAAAGCAGAGGAAGUGAGUAGGGCACAGGGUAGUGAACAAAUCGAGCUGGUCGGAGAAGGUGGAACCAUGCUAGAGCCAGUACAGCGGAAAGCCCUGGGUUUGAUUUCCAGCUUUGCAAAAGAAAAGGAUACGUGAGAACGAAGAUUGGGAUUUGCUGAGGAGCCAAGUAAUGAUUGGCUCAGGAUAAGGCCAAUAGGCUGCGGCCAGUGAGACUGGUGGGAGGGAUCAUCAGUGGAGAUCACCGGGGAUCUUGAGGACCCUUUGAGGACUUGGGUUUAGACUUUGGUAACUGGGUUUUGCUCAGAAAACUAACAUGCAUUGACUUAAGUUUUAAAAGUGGAGUUGGAGAUGUGCUUAAGCCCUGAUUUCAACCCCCAACACAAGUUUCACAAAACGGUGUGGUGACACCUAGCAGGAAACCCAGCACUUGCAAAGGUGAAAACCAGGACCCCCUCAACUACAUAGCUAGUUCUAGGCCAGUAUGAGGCGGUAUGAAGGGGCAUCUCCCUGCAAACUUCUUCCAGUGCCUUCUCCUUAACACUCCCUCUCAGAAACUCUCAAAGCUUUUCUCCAGCUCAGAAACCCAGGUGUCCUCUUGACUUCCCCAGGGUAGGGAAGCCUGGCUUUACCUUCAGGACUCUUUCUAGUAGCCUCAUGGGGACUGAUUUCCAGGCAUGGUGUUUGUAGAGCACAUUUUAGGAAUUUUGAAAUACAUUUGGCUUUAAUCAUAUGUGUUAUGCAAGGCUAUCUAAUUUAUUGUAUAGCAUCCAACCCCUACUCUCUAAGAAGAAACCAGGUAGUUGGGUUAAACAUUUAGGUGUGCAAUUUUCUGUAUGCUUCCCUUUGUUUACACAGAAAUAAUUAAACAAUUCCUCUCAUCAUUUCUGCCCUCUCUCAAGCCUACUUCCUAGGAGUUCAAACACAUUUUUAAAACAAAUAGCACUGUGGACAUAUCCCUCGUUUUUUUCUUUUUUCUUCUUCUUCUUUUUUUUUUUUUUUUUUUUUUGCCUUUUCACUUUAUCUGCCCUGGGUGUUUCCCCUCCUCCAGACAAAGAAAGUCAUCGUUCUUUGGGACAAGAAUAAUGUUUCCCAGCUUACGGACAUCCAGGUAGUUUCCAGAAACUUGCACAACAGACUUGUCCCGCAAGAAAUGGCGUCAGCUUGCAACAGGCACCACCUCGGCCAAUGAAAAAUAAAACCAAAACGUAACCUAUCUGAAGAUGGUGCUGUGGUCCAGUCCUUCUGCUUGCACCUGUCGUGCAUAGCCAGGAUUGUGGUCCAGUGCUGCCGGAAGGGGGCGCACCAAGCUGGACGCAGCCUGAGGAAUGCGUGGAUGAGGGCGCCAAUGGCGCCCAGUGUGGCGGAACCACCCCCUUAUUGUUCCAGAAACCCAAUACAGCCCUUUGGCUGGGUCAGGUCCACGGAUUUGGUGUCAAUUGGCCUCCUGCCCCACUGACCUGGGAGCACCCCUCCCCCGCAGAGAGAGCCUCGGUAGCCCUUGGAGGAGUCAUUCUUUCUAUUCUUUUACAAAUCCCAGGACACCACUACUUUCAAAGGGCUGGAACCCUGAACAGCUGGCCUAUUCCUUCACUUUUGAUAGUGUUCUCUCUGCCUUUUAUCCUCUUCUUCUAAGAAUCUGGGGACACAGAAAGAGGCUAGAUGCCCUUCCUGCUUUCGGUUAACCUGUGUUCCCAAUUUGCUUCCCUUUGCUAUGAUAAAACGCUGAUCGAAAUCAGCUUGAGAGGGGGAAAGGUUUAUUUCAUUUUAUAGCAUACACUGUAUCACCAAGGGAAGCCAAGGCCAGGACUGAAGCUGAAAUCACCAGGAAGGCUGCUUCUCGGUUUUCUUCCUCGUGUUUGCUCAGCUACCUUUCUUCCACAGAUCCGGUCUGCCCGCCUACGCAUGGCACAGUGGGUCGGGUCCUCCCACAGCAAUCAGCAGUAAGCUCUUAGACUUGUCUGACUGAGACAAUUCAUCGAUCGAGGUUUCCCCUUCCUAGGUGACUCUGGCUUGUGUCAAGUUGAUAAAAAUUAACCAGUACGCAUGGCGAGAAAGACAAAAAUAAUCAAAUCAGAGGCAAGGAGUAAGCUGGGGAAGAAUGGCUGGCCGCGCACUGAGGGGAGCCAGAGCUCUAAUGGCGGUAGUCAGUAGAGAUUGUUUUUGUGUGUGUGUGUGUGUGUGUGUGUGUGUGUGUGUGUGUGUGUGUGUGUGUGUGUACACGCGCGCAUGUGUGUGUAUAGCAUGUACGUGUGUGCCAGUGUGAGUGUGGAAGUAAGUAGCUUUCUUUUUUUUUUUCUUUUUGUUUCUUUUUUCCGGAGCUGGGGACCGAACCCAGGGCCUUGCGCUUCCUAGGCAAGCGCUCUACCACUGAGCUAAAUCCCCAACGUCAGUGUCAGUAGAGAUUGUGAAAAGUAGGAAGGAUCCAGGUCACAGUCACUGUUCUGUCUCAGUAGGAGUUCCUGUGCGCCAGCUCUGAGUCAUACCUGACCUGAGAGGAGGGUGUCUGACUACCACGUUUCUCUUUGACCUGUGGGCUUAACUGGUGAGACUGCUUAGUUCUGCUUACCUUACUGCCAGUUUUGCAGAGAGAGAACGAUCUGGACUCCUGAUCUCUUCCUUGCCUCUUGGUUGUGAAGUCCAUCUUCCAUACCACCAAUCCAACCAGCUCACGGUGCCAGAUCCUGCCUGUUUUCUCUAGAUAGGGUUGCAGCUUUAAACUACCUAGAGGACCUCGAAUUUGAAACCUGGCUGGAGGGCUGGUGCAGCAGCUUACUGGCUGGAUAGCCCUAGGCAUGCACGAUUAUCCUGGACUCCUGUCAGGAUAAAGGGGCACCCGUGGGCAGCUCAGCAAGCAAGCUUAGAAAGGGAACCUCGGGUCUCAGCAAAAGCAGCCUCUCUAGGCCAGAGGCCUUUGCUUCCUUAAAGCAGAAGCCUCGAAGGUUCUAUUAAAGCUGGGUGACAGGUUGCUUUGUGAACAACAAAGACAACAGCCCCCUGGAGAGGCCUGUCUUUAAGCAGUUUAAAAGUCUGCUCUAGGGAAAGAGGAAAUGAAGUCAUCUUUAUGGCGAUGAACACUGUGGUAAUAACCCCUCAUUUCCUCUACUGACUCCAUUUUGUUCUCCCCCUUGAAUCCAAAAACAGAUAGGGGGAAAGACAUUUCCUCCCCAAGGCACUUUAAAAAGUAAUACCUCCGUCUUCCAGGAACCCUGAAAUGAGGAAGGUUGUCCCUGGUGAAGCAGAUACAGCGUGGUUUUGGGGGGGGGGGGGUGUCCCAGAAGCUUUUGAAAGUUUCAUAGGCCUCUGUUUGACAUUGGCUCAAAAGACAUGGAAUUAGCAGGCAAAAAAACCCGACUUUGUCCCCUCCCCCUCUUCUCUGCAGGGGAGGGAUCAGUUCUCAGCUGGCCAGGCCAGUGUCACUGAUACAGCUGGUGUCACUGUUACCUUCCACUAACAUCACUCGACACCUACCCUACCGACCCACAGGUUUGGACCCUUAUUGUCUCAGAACCCCAGGGAAAGCCACAACAUAAGGUGUUGCUGAAACGCAGUGAUCUAAUGAUAAGUGAUCUUGAUAGGAACCCAGGGCCAGAUAGCUCCUCUCAGAGCUUGGUUCUUGCUGCGUGGGCUGAACAAUGCCAACCUGGCCGAUAUGAAUUCAUCACUGGCUGGGAGCUGAGACAGAACAAAGAUGCUAUACAAGAAAAGGAUAUCUGGAGUGGUUCCAAAAUGAGGAGCUAGGGCAGAAUUGGCUCGAGGCCUUGGCCUGGCCGGGGGAUCUGCCUGGCCCUGGAGUUCUGACUGGCUGCACUCCAGUGUGUGUCCCGGACAGCAUCAUGCUGCAGCAGAUCCUGCAAGACAUGUACAUCGACCCAGAGCUUCUGGCUGAGCUCAGUGAUGUGCAAAAGCACAUCCUCUUCUAUAAGAUGCGAGAGGAGCAGCUUCGACGUUGGAGGGAACGGGAGGCAUGGGAUGCCCUGGCUCAGGCAGAGGGCCUCAGGCCGGCAAAGGUCAAGAGAGCGAGCAACAAGCACAUCCAAUGGCUGCUGGGAGCGGAUGGCGAGGUCUGGGUGUGGGUCAUGGGAGAAGGCCCUGGAGACAAGCCCUACGAAGAGAUAUCUGAGGAACUGAUUGCAGAGAGGGCUCGGCUGCAAGCACAGAAAGAGGCCGAAGAGCUCUGGAGACAGAAGGAAGCAGAGAUCACCAAAAAGUUCCGGGAUGCCUUGGCCAAUGAGAAAGCCCGGAUUCUGGCGGAGAAGUGGAAAGUGGAGAUGGAGGACCGCAAGGCUGCUAAAGUCCUGGAGGAACGGAUACAUGAGGAAUUCAAGAGGAAAGAGGAAGAAGAGAGGAGGCGAGGGGAAGAACAGAUUCGACUCCAAGAGGAACAGAGGGCAAAGGAACUCUACUGGACCCUGAAGCAGGCCCAGUUACACUGCCAAGACAGUGAGAACGAGGAGCGUGAAUGGGAAGAACAGCUGCGUAGAUCCAAGGCAGCUGAUGAGGAGAGAAGCCGUCGUGCUCAGCGAGCCCGGGAUGAGUACCGGCGCCACUCACUCCGAGCCAUCCAGAAGGGCACUGUUGCUGGUCUAAGCACCAUGUUCCAAGAACUUGGUCAGAACCAUGAGCAGGAGGCAAGACUCUAUCACCAACUUCCUGGCACCAGGCCACCAUCACCCCUCACAGGACCUGACAGGACCUGGGAGCGACCUCUGCGUCCACUCUCUAGAGAAGUUAUUGUGCGCUGGUUCAAGGAGGAACAGCUGCCUCGCCGAGCUGGCUUUGAAAGGAACACGAAGUCCAUCGCUCCCUGGUUUCAUGGAAUUAUUAGCCGAGAGAAUGCAGAAGACCUUCUGGAGAAUAUGACCGAGGGAGCAUUUUUAGUCCGGGUCAGUGAGAAGAUCUGGGGUUAUACCCUGUCCUACCGCCUGCAGAGAGGUUUCAAACAUUUCCUUGUGGAUGCCUCUGGGGACUUCUACAGCUUUCUGGGAGUGGACCCUAACCGCCAUGCCACCCUAACAGAUCUCAUCGAUUUCCACAAGGAGGAAAUCAUCACCGUUUCAGGGGGAGAGUUGCUACAGGAGCCCUGCGGACAGAGGGAUAGCCCACCAGACUAUCACCUGUUGUUUGAAUGAUUUUUUUCCCUCCUCUUUGGACUCCUUUGAGUAUCCUGAUUUUAAACUGAGCUUAAUAAGGUCCCAACUCAAAGCCUCAUGGCAUUCUGGAAGAUCCACCAUUCUUCAGAUGAACAAUUGUAGUACCGAGCCUCCAGGAUGUGACCUAUGAAAUGUGACUACAUUUGUGAUACUGGUCCCAUUCCAAAGCUCAAGACAGAAACCCCAAAUAACGAUGCAUCUGGAGGCCUGUCUGUCAUGGCUGUGCUAAUCUGAACUCCGAGAGUGAAUGGGUCAUGUUUUAGUAACCCAAGUAAUUCCAGUGCCGAACCUUCCAUUUAAUAUAGAGCCAGUACUCAAUUAAUUAUUUGUUGAGUGAAUGCCCUUCUGAAAAACUCCCAACAUCAAUGACUUCUAGCAAAUUAUUUUCUAUACCACUCCAUAAAGUCAUAGAGAUAACGGAAGCAGGCUUGUGACUAACUUCCAUGUAAGGCAUACAUAUUGCAUCUUUCCUACUGUUCAGGGACUUGUUGAUAUUAUCAUGGGCGUUACCCAAGGUUGCUAUGCUUGGCUUUCAGGACAGAGGAUUAAUGUUGCGCUAGCUGCCUUGUUGAAUCACUUCUACCUCUCUCUUCUAUCUCACAUGUGGCUCUGGUUUUUCAAAUUUGUGGUAAUGAUGUCAUGUGAAUGUGCAGAAUAUCUGGAUGGAUUAUAAAUCCAAGGAUGGUGUUUUGAUACUUGACGAGGCAGGCCUUUGCUGUCUAGAAUGUUCUCUGUGUGCUCUCUACUUAAAGGCUUUAGUAUGUUUCAUUUCAUUUUAUUUUUAUUUCUUCCAUCUGAACAUGUUCUUCAUAUUAAUGAGAAUAACCUCCCAAUAACUUAGUAACUCUCAAGGAUGGAGUCUAUCUUAGGGCUUUACUGAUGCAAAGAGACACCAUGAACAUAACAACUCUUAAAGUAAAACAUUUAAUUGAGGCUGGUUUGUGGUUUCAGAGGUUCAGUCAGUCGUCGCCAUGAUGGGGACCAUGGCACUUUAUAAGCAGACACGGUUUGGGAGAAGAGUUCUACAUCUUGAUCUGAAGGCAACUGGCAGAGAGCCUGUCUUCUAGGCAGCUAGGGGGAGGAUCUCAAGGCCCACCCCUGCCGUGAGGCAACUUCCUCCAGCAAGGCCACAUGUAUUCCAACAAGGCCAUACCUCCCAAUAAUGGAUCAGCAUAUUCAAACCAGCACAGUGUCUAAUGCUAGCACAGUCAUGCCCCCUUAUGAUGAUAGUCAAGGAGAUAGCAGAUGUCACAGCAAGAUUGCAGGUUCUGAAAUCUGGAAGGUUUCAGUUCCAAUCCACACUCUGAAACUUUGUGACAUUAUAAUCCUUAUAGCACUGGGUUUGGCAUUUAUAAAAGAAUAGAUGGACUCUGGAAACACCAGGAAACUGUUUUAUCUGCCUUGAGAGUCGUGUCAUAAGAAGAAUAAGGUGUCUUUGUCCUCCACUCAACCUCUUGGCUCUUGUUUCUUGCAUCCUUGUCCACUUGUACCAUCACCCACCCUCAUGGCUAUUGUUACAGCCAGUUUUGGGAAUGACUCUGCUUUCGUUCGUUCACCAUAUUCUCCAGACUCCUGUGUACAUAUGCCAAUGGUGCUUUGCCACACACACGGUUCUUUGGGGGGAGGAUUUAUUUAGUUAUUAUCCUUUAAACUGUUUUUUCUUUAUUCUUGAGAAUUUCAUACAUCUAUACAAUGAAAAAUUUACUGUUCCCCUUCCCCAUCCUCUUCCCCAAAUCUACCCCAGUGUACUCUCAACAUCAUGUAUUCAUAAAAAAUAGCUCAUAGGUACAAUUAAUGCUGCCAUGUGAGCAUGAGUGUGACCUUUCACUGCACCAUAGAAAUCUUACGAGGGGCCACAUCUCCAAAGAAGAGUGACUCUGUCUUCUCCAGAAAUUACCAACUACCAAUAGCUCUUCAGUAAGGGCUAGGACCAAGAAGCAUCUUUUAUAGUCAGUUUCUUCUAUUAGAGUCCUAACAAGACUUACAUGUAGCAUCUGGUAUGCUCUUAAGUCUUUGAUAACACCCUUCCUCCUUUACUCAGCCCAUGACUGGUUGUAUAAAUUAGAGUUCUAUAAAAUGACCUGUAUUCUGAACUUGUCUUAUUGUUUCCUGUUGUUAUUUCUGUGUUGGCUCUAUUUCAUAUUUCUUGGCUUGAUUUGAUUGAGACUGGAUUUGGGGAAAAAAUACUUUCUUAGUACAUCAUAUCACAGGGAUCCUUGGGACACAUUGGCCCAGAUUUUCUAGACUUGUCAGUGGGUUUAGAAUAUCUCAACCUGAGUACUCCAGUUGUCCUUCUUCACCCUUGUCUUUUGUUUUUGUUUUUUUGAGGUAGAGUCUCAUAACACAGGGUACUCUUAAAUUCCCUAUGUCGAACUUCUGAUCUUCCUGUCUCCACUUCCCAUGUUCUGGGAUUAUAUGUGAGUACCACUAUGCUUGGCUCCCCUUUUGGUCACCCUCUCCCUUUAAGCAAAAAACAUGGCUCUCAUAUAUUUAUCCCCUGUUGCUUCAGUGAAGCCUAGGUCAAUGGGAUGCUCAGGUUGGUCGCUUACUUCUUCCUGCAUCCUCCUGGAUGAGAGACAGCUCUCGAUGUGGCCUCUUAGAAGACAGUCAUGCAAGAUGACAUAGCCAGAUCUACCAACACCCGUGUUGCCACUCAUUCUGUCUUUUCCCUCCCUGGAAAGUUCUUCUGAGAUGCUACUCCAGAGCUUAGUGGCUGUCUUAUUUAGUCUUUACCUCUUGGGAACUCAAUAGGUAAGUGCCUUCCACACAAAUAUGUAUUCUGACCUUUUGUAACUGGAAUCAGGGUCUUCCCUGGAAAUCAUUAGCUUAGGUUUGGUUCUGAGUUCAUGAUCUUGCGUUAGUUUCCUGAGUGCUAGAUGACAGAUGUGUGUCAUCACAACUGGCCACAUUACGGUUUUAUGUAUCAGUUCCAUGGCUUCCCUCCAUCAGCCAGUAUCACCGCAUGAAUGAAAUGAUGUGACGAUGGAAGGAUCUUGCUUUCUGAACUCUAUGAACUCUCAAACCGUAGCCAAAUUCUAUUCUAAUUACAUCUAUUCUACCAGGGCUCAGAAGACCCACUCUUGCUCUGAUUUUUCUCUGUAUUAGUCAUGUGAAUUUGUUCAGGCCUCUCUCACUAAACCUUUCUAUAACCGGGAGUAAGAUUUUUUAAAAAAAUGUGGUCACCAUUAGCUUCUUCCAGCUGAUCAAUUAAGUGACAACUAGGAAAUCUUUGUCCAAAUGAAAGACCUUGCUAUCCACAGCCACACAGUGGCAGAUUCCUGCCAAGCAGUGCUGUGUCAGGGGAUUCCACAAGAUGAUUUCCCACACACUGGAAGAAAGUUCCAAGCAGCAGCUUUGAAAGGAGUCCAGGAUGAGUUGAAAAACCUGACAUCCUGGAUGGUGGUUCCUGUUACCUGCUAAUUAAUAUGUGAGAGAUAACAGCUGAGUUUACCAUCCCUAACCCAUUUAUUUCAUUUUAUUUGGGGCCUGCACUUUCUGUACGUCCCAUAUAUUUUAGGUUUUACCUGGCUUUCAAAUAAAUUUCUUGUAAGUUGUCCUGCAAAUGAAAUUACUGUCUGGAAAACUGCAAUUUCAUCUUGAGAGUUUUAUUAUGCUAAUAAAUGUCAGAAUUCUCAAAUAAAGAAA